AUGGUCUCGCCAAAGACGAAACGGGAAGUCCAAAGGCUAACUGGAAGCGUCGCGGCCUUGAACCGUUUCAUCGCGCGCUCGACGGGUAAGUGUCUUCCUUUCUACGACACGCUGAAAGGGAAUAAGAAGUUCGAAUGGUCGGAGGAAUGUGAGAAAGCUUUCCAACAGCUAAAACGUUACCUGGCCACUCCCCCCGUCCUCGCAAAACCAGUGGAGGGAGAACCCUUGUUCCUGUACAUUGCAGUCUCCACAACAGCGGUAAGUGGCGUUUUGAUUAGAGAGGAACGCGGUGAGCAAAAACCAAUCUUCUACAAAAGCAAAACGUUUCUGGACACUGAGCCCCGGUAUCCCCUGAUGGAGAAACUAGCAUUCGCAGUUGUGACAUCGGCAGGGAAACUCCGGCCGUACUUUCAGUCGCAUACCAUAAUAAUCCUCACCACUUUCCCCCUGCAAACGAUCUUGCAUAGUCCGAGUCAGUCAGGACGACUCGCAAAAUGGGCAAUCGAACUAAGCGAGUACGACGUGGAGUACCGCCCAAGAACCUGCGCAAAAUCUCAAGUACUAGCGGACUUCUUGGUAGAAUUGCCCACGGGGGAUAUGACAAACACGGAACCGGACUCAACCUGGAUCCUUCACAUCGACGGAUCAUCAUCCAAACAAGGAUCCGGGAUCGGAAUCCGGCUCACGUAUCUGACCGGCGAAGUCUUGGAACAGUCGUUCCGAUUGGAAUUCCAUGCGUCGAACAACGAGGCCGAAUAUGAAGCACUCAUCGCAGGAUUACGAUUAGCCCGUGGACUUAAGAUCCGCAACAUUCACGCUUACUGUGACUCUCAAUUAGUCGCAAAUCAGUACAGCGGAGAAUACGAAGCAAGGGACGAAAGAAUGGAUGCAUAUCUAAAACUCAUCCAAGACCUCUCCCGAGACUUCAACCACUUCUCCCUCACUAGGAUUCCUUUCUCGGAAAACACUCAGGCGGAUGCCUUGGCCGAACUCGCAUCAAGUUCGGAUUCUGGACUAAGACGAGUAAUCCCCAUCGAGUUCAUCGAACACCCAAGCAUCGGACCACCAGUGGUCGCCAAUCUGAUUCGAGAACAAAUCGAAAAUGCGGAGGAAGUCGAAGACCCACCAGAAGAAAACGUGGAUCAGUCGGAAUACAGCUGCGACAGCCCAUGGCUAGAGCCAAUCCGAGCAUACAUAAUCAACGGAACGCUUCCCACUGAGAUAUGGGCGGCCUGCAAAAUCAAGACCCAGUCCGCGCGAAAUUCUAUACGUUUUCACGAGUCCUUGCACAAAGCAAAAGCUGCGCGCUCAACAGACUAUGGAUACGGUGAUCGUCCGGGGGCAAGGAACGAGACGACAACUCACUCCUUCGCCCUCUAA